AUGCGUGCAUCAGCAAGCCACGUGAGCGAGUUGAGCAGCCUCGGCAACGACGAAGAGUGGCUUGACGCGGAGAUUCCUGGGACCACAGACGGAUCCAAGGGAACCGGCUCGGUAGCGGCACCGCGUGCCGACAUCACCGAGGGCGGACGCAUCAGUGGCCUCAAGAUCAACGUGUUCAGCGGCAGCAGGAACUCAACUGUCUACGAGAACUGGAAGCGUUCGGUUGAGAGCGUGCGCUACAUUUCGGACAUGUGCGUCGGGAAACUCGCCGUGGUGACGUUCUUGCCAUUGCAUGGCGAGGCCCGUGGCGUCUGCCAGCACACCCCGUUUAACGAGCUGACGGACGAGAUCGGCAACAAACAUAAGAGGCUGCUCGCGGUGCUGGACAAGCGGUAA